CUUUUCAGACAUGGAGAGGUCCAAACAGAUAUCCAACACGACAUGGAUGUAAUAGCGUGCAUAUAUGCUUCGCAUUAUGAAGCGGAAUACCACAUUGGCUGUUUUCCACCAUCAUCCGUGGUUCAGAUGGAAAAUGGCAGGUCCAAAACCAUUGGUGACUUGAUGAUCGGUGAUACAGUCAUGGUCAUGGACGAGGAAGGUCGGGUUUCCUUCAGUGAUGUCAACCUGAUGAUGCAUAAACUGGACCGAACAACGGUCGAGUACAUAAUACUUGAAACUGAAGAUGGCCUUACACUGACAAUGAGCAAGGAGCAUGUGGUUUUUGUGAGCUCAGUUUGGAGCUUUUCAGCAGAGACCCGGAUGGCGUCAAAGGUUGAGAUCGGCGAUUAUCUGUUCCGCCCGGAGCUGACGAAUGGAUCGUUUGUUCCUGUGAAAGUGACAGCAAUUAGAAAGCAAGUCAUCACAGGGGCAUAUGCACCGACGACACUGGUAGGAAACAUUGUCGUGGACGGGCACCUUGCGUCAUCCUAUGUGUUUGUGGAGGAUCAGAAUCUGGCACAUGGCUUCUUUCUUCCAUGGCGGAUCGGGUACCACAUGUACAAUACCAUAUUUGGAAAAUCACUCCAAGAGCCCGCCCCAGGCUUUCAUUGGUCACUGAGAGCCUUUGUAUCUCUCUACUGUCGCAUUGUUGACGACAAGCUUUGUGAUGAUCUCUUGAACGUGUGAGCUUAUGUAUGUAUUCAUUAAACAUAACACCAUGAGCAUGAGCAUACAAUCA